AUGUCGAGUCAUGGGUAUCAACAGCCCAGUGUUUCUCACCCGGGUCCCUCAUUGAGCUUUAAACAACGCAAAUCUCAGCAAAGCAGCAAUGCCGCACCUAACCCGUUUGCUAAAAGCCACUCAUCUACAGUCGCCGAGCAAAGCGACACUCAGACACUCGGUUCUCGGCCUACCUCGCUCACCGACAUUGAAGCAGGUCCCAUCACCAAUGCUACGUUGGGUGAAGCCGUCACCGAUAUAGCAAAGAAAAACAUUGAGCCGUGGAUGACCAAUCGUCUCGAUACUGCCGCCGAAGAACUCAAGACUACAGUAGCGAACCAGUUCCAAUGGUCUAUCACUUCAGAGGCUGAGAAGUUUAUACACAGACGCCUACCAGAACUCAACGCAGAGAUUGAGCCUUUUGCCGAACGGGUCAAGUCAAAACUACAACCCGAGAUCACACAGCAAAUUGACUCGGCUAUGGCUACGGUUAAGAAGGAGAUGAUGGAAUGCUUCGACGAAUUCAAAGCCUCUAUUGAACCAUGGAUCACUUACCGCAUCGAGACUGCAAUUGUCAAUCACGAGAAUCUGCGAAAGGCCGAAAAGGCUAUUUUCAAGCGAAACUAUGAAGCCUACCAACAGGGUCGGCACAACAACUAG